GCUGUACUGUAAUCAUAUGAUAGGGACUCGAUCCCCGCUGCAGAAUACCGACACACUGGGCGGACACAAGCGGAGGAGCCGGCGCGUAGGACACUUGUUGAUGCCGUUAAAGAAGUGCGUGAAGUGCGUAAAAAGUGUCGCCUGAAGUGUCAAAUAGAGCCAGACUCCUCUCAAAAAGGAACUUUUAAAACUCUGGAGAGAAUCGGACCGAGUGGAGGGGACCGUUUGGAAGAACAGCGGGCGCACACACGAAACGUUAACCGAAGGACAGUCGAUUUAACCGGAGCUGAGAUUUGAGUUUGAUCAGGUCAUAGAGAGGCGGUCAGCGGGUCGAGGCCGGUGGAAUCCCCCGGGGUCCUCGAAUCGCUUGUCGGGGCGUGUCUUUUUUUCAGAUUUCCCCUUAAGUUUUUUUUUCAACUUGCAAGGUUCACUUCAGAAUUGCAAAAGCAUAAGCCAUGGUCGGGGAGACAGAGGUGAAGGAGAGACCCAAGUCCAACCCGGACUAUCUAAUGCAGCUGAUGAACGACAGGAAGGUGAUGAGCUCUCUGCCCAACUUCAGCGGCAUCUUUACGCAUCUGGAGCGGCUGCUGGAUGAAGAAAUCGGCAGGGUACGCAAGGACAUGUACAACGACACAGUGAACGGUGGCAUGUUCAACGGGCGGGACAUGGAGGAGCUUCCUGAAGCUAUCGGCCCCGUGGCUCAACUGCAGGAGAAGCUCUACGUGCCGGUCAAAGAGUACCCCGAUUUUAACUUUGUAGGGAGGAUCCUGGGCCCACGUGGACUGACGGCCAAACAACUGGAGGCAGAGACCGGCUGCAAGAUUAUGGUGCGAGGAAAGGGCUCCAUGAGAGACAAGAAGAAGGAGGAGAUGAACCGAGGGAAGCCCAACUGGGAGCACCUCAGCGAAGACCUCCACGUCCUGAUCACAGUGGAGGACACACACAACCGGGCCAAGAUCAAACUCCAGCGAGCCAUCAACGAGGUCAAGAAACUUCUCGUGCCCGCUGCUGAGGGGGAGGACAACCUGAAGAAAAUGCAGUUGAUGGAGCUGGCCAUUCUCAACGGGACGUACAGAGACGCCAAUGUCAAGACGCCCACAGCCGCUUUCCCUCUAGGUACCCCUCAGGCGCCUCGGAUCAUCACAGGCCCGACGCCCGUCCUGCCUCCCAGCCUGCGCAACCCCGCCCCUGUCAACACGCCGACCCUCAUGCCUCUUAUUCGCCAGAUCCAGAGCUCAGCCCUCAUGCCGGGUGGCAAUCCGCACCCCACGCUGGUGCAGCAGGGGCCCGAAUCUGGAAUCAUUUACACACCCUACGAGUAUCCCUACACACUUACGCCCUCCAUAUUGGAAUACCCGAUUGACUCAACUGGAGUUUUAGGUAUGGCUUUCCCAACCAAAGGCUAAGCGAUAGCAACCCUUCCUAGCACACACACGGACUGGCUUGCAGACCCCGCCCCCCCCACAUACUUCAAACAGAGCAAACACUCAAAGUUUGCUCAUACUUUAGGAUGACAGAUUCCUCGACAGUCAUUCUGUAGUCAAGUGUCCAUUCCUGUUUAUUUCCUCUUCGUAUUAGUAAACUAGUGUUGUGGUGUGACAGCUAUUUAACUUUUUUUAAUAGUUCAGCUUCCGCUUGUAACUUUUAACACAUUUUAAUGAACCCAUAGAUAUUUUAGCACCGCUGUUUGUGAUUUAAUAUAUGUUAAAGCUUAUUUUAAUCACAGAGCUAUAGAGUGACUUUGCUACAGCUGAAAUUGAAUCUACUAGUGACGCUUAGUGAGAAAUUAGUGGUUUGGAUUAAUAUUUUCUUUAGAGAACAGAAGACCACAAAACAACAACAAUUCUGUCUCUUAGAAGCGAGAUGUUUUUACUUAUUUUCACCGUCAGCCUUGAACUUUUUGUAAAUUCCUGGUUUCAUUGAUGUUGGUGCCAUGGGUGGACUGUUUCAUGUCUUUCUGAUGAGUAACCUUCUGUGUUCUGUUUUGGCGAUGUCAAUGGCUGUUAGCAGGUGCCAUGACCACUAAGGUACGACGCCACGACAAGAGAAUCCAUCCUUACCAAAGGGUAGUGACCCCAGACAGAGGUUAGUUAGCUCACCAGCCACUUUAUGUGUGUGUGAGUGUGUGUGUGCGCGUAUGUGUAUGUAUGUGUGUGUGUGUGUGUGUGUUAGUGUGCGUGCAUGCAUGCAGACCAAUGGACCAAUUUCAGUUUACAUGUGUCUGUGAUAUGGCAUGCCUAAAAAAUAAAUAACUGUAUCAGGCGAAAAGGUCACAUGCUGAAGCAGCUUCGGUGUAAAAUGUGAAACAGUAUUUGUUGCAGUGAAAGUGAAAUAAGUGAGCAGAUUGGGAGGAACCAUGUUAGGGGUGACAGCUGCAGCGGUUAUCUUUGCUCGCCUGUUUGAUAAACUGGACGGCUUUCAGGCCGGGACCCUCUCAAUUAGAAUGGAUCACUCCGUUCAUGUGACUCGGUCCUUGUGACUCUGGAUUUGGAGUCCUCUCUCAGAAACUUUUUUUUUUAUCUCUUCACUACUACUUUUGACCCUACAAAUACCUGUGGGAAGUUUUAUUUAAACCCAACUUCAUUCCAGUAGAUUUCCACAAAUUUUUUUAUUAUUAUUAAUUAAAUCCUGUGUUGUGCCCAAUGACUAUAUGACAUUUAAAGUAACAGGGAUUGUCUGUUUCUGGAGGUCAUUCAAUUCAAUAUGAUCUUUGGUCUUUACUACUAAAACACAGCGUGUGAUAACUACUGAAGUCUGUGUUACAAGCUCUUUUGUAUGAAAUACUGUUGUUUGUGGUCUUAUCAGUCGCCCACUGGACUUGAUCAUUGGGGCUGUUUACAUCUUUCAUAUAUUUCCUAGCCAGAGUGGUGCUGUUACCAUGUAUUUAGCUGCAAAAUAAAUUUGUAUAUAGGGAUUUUAAGGAUUUAAGUGCUUAUAUGAAGCUUAUGGAACAAGAUUGCUUGGAAAUACUUGUAGUAUUUUUUUUUUAGUUUGUACAUUUUUAUUUUUGUUUUUACGUAUGCUUUUUAUAGAUGAAGUGUCUUCAUGUAAACUUCAAACUUUAUUCAAGGUGUGUAGCUACUACUGUUUUAGUCACCGCAGAGGUGGCAAUGAAGGCAGUGUUUUGCUCUUGUCUAUUUAAGAUGAGGUGACCUUCUCGAUUCACAGGCCUCGUGACUGUUUUAUGCAAUAGAAAUGGACUAGCUAGCUACAAUAUAUGUGUGUAUGUGAGCAUUGGUGCUCUUGUUGUACACGAUGGACAAAAAACACUAAAAGGCAAUAAAGAUGACUAUUGAAAAAAGCUCUAAA